CAGAUGAUCUGGACAUUAAUGGCCCUGAUGAGGAGCUGGAAGACACACAUGAUGAAAAGCAACCAUUGGAAGCCUCUGCUGGCAUCUCUGCAGAUGAUCUGGACAUUGAUGGCCCUGAUGAGGAGCUUGAAGACACACAUGCUAAUUGGAAUAAAGAUAAUGAACCUGAUGUUGAAACCUCAAUGGAUUCUGGACAUGCCACAGAGAGUGAUGGUUCAACAGUUGGUUACGAUGAACAUGAUGAUGACGAUGAUUCUGUAAAGGAUCCUGAUUAUAAGCAGGGACCGAACGAUGAUUUAACGGACUCGGAUGGUGACUCUGAAUCUGAUACUGUGAUCAUUGAAAAUAGUGCAGAUGAUGAAGCCAUGGACUGCAACGAAGCUGAUGAUCAUCAUGGGGAGAAACGUAAGGCAAAGAAAAGUGUUCCACGGUACAGAGAUGGUAAAAGCGAUAUAAAGAGACAAUGCAGUGACUUGGAAAAUAGUGCAGACAGUGUAGACAUGGAUUUAAAUGAAGCUGCGGAAGAUCAUGUUGGGGAGGCACUUAAGGCCAAGGUGAAAAUGCAGUUUGCACACAUAACUGUUCCGCAGCACAGCGAUAGCAAAAGUGAAAAGAGAAAUUAUAGUAAAAGUGACUAUUGCCUUUAUUGCGAGAGGCGAUACCAAUCAAAGAUUUCAGUUCACUAUCUUGCAGUUCAUUGGAAUGAAUCGGAUGUAAAAUCAGCACUCAUGGCUCCUGUCAAAUCUGUUGAAAGAAAAAAUGCCCUCCUUCUUUUGCAGAAUAGGGGGAACUUCAAGCACAAUGCAAAGUGCAUUGAAUUGGGUGAGGGAGAAUUUGUUGUUUCCAGGCGGCCAAGUGAAAAACGUGACAGAAAAGCGCACGAUUUUUUGCCAUGUGAAUACUGCGUGGGCUUCUUUUUGAAGGAUUCUCUAUGGCUUCAUAUGAAAAACUGUCCCAUCAGACCCCGUGGAGAACAACCUGAAACAAACUGUCUCCGAAAUGCAAGAAUCAUGCUUGAACCAUUUCUGCGCACUUCUUCAACUGACGAAGAAAGAGAAAUGAUUGAUGAUCUCAUCAAUGCCAUGAAAGAAACCAAAUCUAACCCAGGGAUUAGGAAGAUAUGCUUUGAUGAUCCCUUGAUAAGGGAAUUUGCUGCAUCUGUUCUGAGUAAAGUGGGUGAAAUCGAAGACCAGAGGAGAAAAGAUCUCAUGAACAUUCGCCAAAAGGUGCGAUCUCUCGGCAGACUACUGAAAGCCCUUAAUGAAGGAUUGGGGGCUCUUCGGAAACCAUUAACCUACUUUUUAAGUGCUAGACAUUUCAAAUUAGUUGUGAAAACUGUUAAGCAGCUUGCAGCAGAGAGUGGUUCCCCACAGCUUGCGAUUGUGCUCGGCCAUUACAUCAAACAGGCUAAUCUUCUUAAGAUUAGCUUGGGCAUGCGAGAAGACUCGGAGGAAAUGCAGCGAGAAGCCAGAUGCUUCAAGGAAGAAUAUGAAGCUCAUUGGAAUAAUCAUGUAGCUUCUGUUAGUGUGAGAAAACAGAAGUUGCUCAAGAUCAAUAAGUCCGAAAAUAUUCCUUCUACAACGGAUUUGGUCAGGCUGAAAGACUGGCUCUCCACAGUUAUAUGCAAAGCCAUGCAGAGGACAAACCAAUCUAAUGAUGAUCUGAAAUGGCUAAGUCAGCUAGUGUUGACAAGAAUUGUCUUGUUUAAUAAGCGCAGAGUGAGCGAGGUAGAAGAGUUGAAAGUGAGUGACUUCCUAGGGAGAAAGAGCGAGAAGGAUAAUGAAGAAAUACUAGCAUCUCUUGAUGUCAGUGAAAGAGUCCUGGCAAAAAGAAUGGCACUGAUAGAGGUGAGGGGGAAGAGUACCAGGUCACUUCGCAAAGUCUUCAUCUUACUUUCUCCAGACAUGGUAGAACAGAUUGAGUAUUUGAUAAAAAAGAGGAAGAUCAUCAGCCCAUAUGUGUUUUCAAGACCGAGAGAAAUUAAUUCACCCAUAGAUGGCUGUGAAGCAAUCCGAGUGGUAACGAGCAAAUGCCCUAUGCUCAGAAAUCCAGGGAGUAUCCGAACCAGGGGAUUAAGGAAAUACAUGGCCACCACUGCACAAAUAAUUGACAUGUCCGCAAAUGAAUUGAAGAUGGUAGCAGACCACAUGGGCCAUAAUGUCAACAUCCACACUGACGUGUACAGAUUGCAAAGCUCAGUGCUUGAACGAGCAAAGGUUGCACGUGUUUUGAUUGCCAUGGAGAAUGGUGUCAUCAAUAAGUUCCAGGGAAAAAAACUUGAUGCCAUUAACAUUGAAGAACUUCCUCCCCCGGUUUCCAUAAAUGAUCAGCUGGAAAGAGGUGACCAGUUAGAGAGCAGGGAACUUACUUGUGAUGAUGUCGAUGGAAGCAGUCCAUUUGAUGGAGAACCACAACCAAGCUGCUCAGCUACUGGGGUUGCAGAUGAUCAGAAGUAUGGCAGUCAAAAGAGAAAGAUGGUUUCCACUGAUGACGGCAUGUUCAAAACUAAGAGAGCAAGAUGGUCUGAAGAAGAAAAUGGCAUAUUGUUCAGGUACAUGGAUAAAUACAUAAAAGCAAAGAAGAAUCCCCCAGGGUCUGAAAUAGCAGCUGUUGCUGAAAAACUUGGAGGAACAAGGACUCCAGCUCAGAUAAGAACAAAGAUGAACAACCUGGUGACGGGAAAACAGAAAGUCGUCUUGCCAAAGUCCACCGAGGCUAUGAGAGCAGACAAUAACAACGAUUAGAUUUGCUAACUGAGCCCCCCCCCCAGGUAUAUCUAAAGUGUGUUACAUCCACAUUCAGCUCAAUCAAGGAAGUUCCAACGUCUUGUUCUACUAUCAAGUUGUGGAGUAUUCUUAAAAUGAAACCUUUGUUGUGGGGCAUAUUUCUCUGGUGGGAAAUAAUGUAUUCCGUGAAAAUUUCUUUUGCAGAACAUGUUUACAAAUUUCGCCAGGUGUCUGUAAGUUGCUAAAAUAUUCUUUCACAGAU